AUUUCAUCCUCCGUCCCGGUCUCAAUUGUCUGCACACCCGCACCCACCACUCUGAAAACACCGGAAAACGCCAACCCCUCGUGUCAGUUGUUGAACGGACAGGAAAAGCCCAUCGUGGACAGGGAGGAACAGGAGGAGGAGGAGGAGAAGUGUAUGCAGACUGGAGACACUUCCGCCGGCGGUGUUCUCUCAACUGGGGCAGUGGAUAAUGCCGCCAAUGCUAAGUCUACCCACCCACUGAAAAUUGAAUUGGCCAGGACUCAUACAGUGCAGCAAUUGUAUAGCUGCCGUUCUGUACUAACAGGGGCAAUAUAUGCGGGCGCCAGCUCGAUAGAUCUGUUGACCGAAUUCCCGCCCGUGGACCAGGCUUCAAUCAGUUCUCGUGUCUCCUCGACCGCGGCACCGGUAUCAGCUCCGGGUUCCGCCUCCUGCUCAAAGCACGGAUCCCCAUCUACAUUCCGCCGGCGUCACCGAUGGCCUAGCCGCCGAAAGGCCUCCCUCGAAGACUCAACCCCAACCAGCAAUAGUCCCUCCGACUACUCACAUUCCCUGCCCCUCUUCGAUGUUGAACUCUGCUCAGUUAGCCUACCCACUGUGGAGGACGCAGAACGUCUACAUCCCCUCCUGGCUGAGCUUGAUGCAACCCCUUUCUUGGAGAUUGAAAAUACGGAAUCGGUAAGCCAUCGGACCACUUGCUUCCAAUUUGAGAAGACUUUUAUCUGCUUUGCUCUAAACACCUCCCGAUGCAGGAUCACGCUUGAGUUCGUCUUCUUCCUUUACCUACUUGCCUCAUUUGUUGAGCUUUUUAUUGACACCUACUUAUCUCAUUCUGUACUGGGGGCGUCCGAACUUGUGAGCGCAAGUGGAAGUGGGACUCAGCCAGUUUGUCCUAUCGGAGAACGUAGGCGGCGGUCUCAGGACAGGUAA